ACUUCACUCGUCCGUUAAAUAUUGUGCUACAUUUCACACAGAGCACUAAAACCGUAAAACACCAGAAUUUUAGGUGUGUUUGUAUAUUGAGGUGAGGAAUUUUUUUUAUUGUUUUAACACUCUUGAAUCACAAUUGGAAAAACAGGUGUUUUGCAACCACAAAAUACACACCUUCUAUUAAGAACUUGCUAUACGUUUGUCUUUCCUGUGCAAGAAUUGUAUUAAAUUGCUACAAGAUAGAACAAUGGCUUCAGGAGAUGGAACCAAACUCGAUGCUGUUGUGUUCGGUGCUACUGGAUUCACCGGGAAGUACACUGUCAUCGAAUUGGCAAAGCUGGCCAAGGAAAAGGGGAAUAUCAAAUGGGGAGUUGCUGGCAGAAACAAGGAGAAGCUUGAAAAGUUGCUGGCCGAUCUCUCUGAGAAAACAGGUGCUGACUUGAAAAAGAUUCCAGUGCUUGUUGCUGACGUGAGCGACGAGGCAUCUCUGAAGGAAAUGGCCGCUAGCACUCUUCUGGUGAUAAACUGUGUGGGGCCAUACCGAUUUUAUGGAGAGGCGGUGGUUAAAGCGUGUGUGGCAGAGGGAUGUCACCAUGUGGAUGUCAGUGGGGAGCCUCAGUACAUGGAGCGUAUGCAGCUGAAUUACCACGAUGCCGCGAAGGAGAAAGGGGUGUACGUGGUCAGUGCCUGUGGCUUCGACAGCAUCCCAGCAGACCUGGGGACUGUGUUCCUGACCAAGAAUUUCCAAGGAGAUGUCAAUUCAGUAGAAACUUACUUGGAGUGGCGUAUGAAGAAAAAUGUUAGUGGUCCUUCAAUCCACUUCGGCACGUUUGAGUCCGCUGUGUUCGGCUUGGCCAACGCCCGGGAACUGCGACCGCUCCGGGAAAAACUGUUCCCAAAGCGCUUGCCCCAGAUGCUCCCGAAACAGAAGCCCAGGUGGCUGGUGCACAAGAGCAGCGUCGUCGGCAAGUGGUGCCUGCCGUUCCCCGGGUCGGACCGCUCCGUCGUGAUGCGCUCGCAGCGCCACUUCUUCGAGCAGGACAAGCAGCGGCCCGUGCAGGCGCAGGCGUACGUCGCGUUCCACUCGCUGCUGGCCGUCGUCGGGGUCGUCCUGGUGGGAGGGGUGAUCGGGGUCCUCAGCCGGAGCAACCUCGGCCGCAAGCUGCUGCUCAAGUACCCUGGCUUCUUCACGGGCGGGAUGGUGAGUCACGAAGGGCCGUCGGAGGAGUUGAUGGAGAACACGGAGUUCUCGCUGAUGGUGCGCGGGGAGGGCUGGCAGGAGAAGCUGGCCGAACCGACGGACCAGCACAGCGAGCCUCCCAACAAGACCAUGACCGUGAAGGUGAAGGGGACCAAUCCUGGGUAUGGAGCCACUUGCACGAUGCUGGUGAUGUCUGCUCUGACCAUCCUGAAAGAGGCGGACAAGAUGCCGGGCAGGGGAGGUGUUUAUCCACCAGGGGCUGCAUUUGCCAACACGUCGCUUGUGGAAGAGCUAGACAAACAUGGUGUCACCUUUCAAGUGUCUGCCUCUUAAGAAAUGUAAAACUGUUUUACAUCCCACUCUGUACAGGGUUCAUUUUGACUGAUUGUACUGGAGAAGCUCCAACGCCAGACUGCAUUUAUCGCUUUGUUCAAGUCUAACCUAGCUGCAGCUUCACAGAGGUGGUAGCACGCAUACAUAUUCUCCAGUAACGCCAACUGUUUCUGCUCCGUAAAUAGAAAUGUUGGUCUAUAUUUCUUGCAGCACUUUGCUUUACUAAUGCUUUAUGUAGUGUCCCAGGCAUUAUAGCAUUUUAUUUGGUGUGUAGGUUAAAUUUAAAAAAGUUAAAUGUAUUUAAAAAUAAUAUGAGCUGAAUAAUUUCUGCCAUAUAAUUUAAGCCUGCAGGGAGUUUGACUUUUCCCCUCCUGUUAUGUGUAUAUUGUUUGUUUGGUUGUGUUGUUCAAAUUAAUUGUUUUGCGAUGUAAUUUCGUUAUCUAAAUAUUUAUGAGAAAUAAAUUUAUGUCCAUUAAAGUAAGGAGAAGAUGCAGUGUGUGCUUUAUUUGUGUAAAAAGAGUUAUGGUUCUCCAUAUUUUCCAGUCCUCUCUUUCCUAUUUUUACUUUACUUUUGCUGGUGGAAACCCCUAUGACAAAGCUUGGGUGGGAAGUACAGCAUGUGAUGAUAGCUGGCCGUUUCCUCAUAUGCUCGGCCGGGAGCGUGUGACAGCGAUACCAGGAACUCUUACGUUCCCAUAACUGGAAAAAUGAGGAUAUUUAUUAGAGAAAGGGCUACAUCUUGCUCAGCCAAUGGCAGACUAGCUGUCUCACCAUUGGCUGUGCACCAUGGAGUUAAAGCGGAUUGGUUAUGGUAGGUUGAGUAUUGGCUAUUGUUUUGUGCUGCAGGGAUGUUUCUCUCUUGAUCAAAGGGAUCCACAUAUUUUUUAAUUCAAUGCUCUGCUGGCUGAAAAUAUUUUUAUUGCUAUUGGCUGAGCAAGAUGUAGCCCUUUCUUUAAUAAAUACCCUCAUUUUUCCAGCCCCUACUCAGUCGCACCUGUCUCUGCCUGAGGACGGGAGCAGAUAGCAGUUCCCGAAACGUCGCUUGUUUCUGUUUUGGUAAAACUAUUGUGUUCGUUUCGUCUUUCCGUUUUGUCGUGUUUUUGUCUCGUUUCAACUGUUGUGCUGAAUUAUUUUGUGUUCAAUAUUUUUGUGCUGUCAUCAUUUGUGGGGGUUUUUAUCAUUCUAUUCUGUUUUGGAAAACUAUUGUGUUUGUUUCGUCUUUUCGUUUCGUCGUGUUUUUUGUUUCGUUUCAUCUGUUUUGCUGAAUUUUUUUGGGUUCAAUAUUUCUGUGUCGUCAUCAUUUGUGGGUUUUUUUCGUUCUCUAAGUACAUUUUUCUUUGGUUUUUCUUUGUUUUGUUAACCAUAUUCCUGUUAAGGAAUAUUUUGUGGUGUUUAUAUCCUUGUUGACAACAGCAAUUUUUUGCUUAAUUUUGUGUUUUAUUGUUUUGUUUGGGUUUUAUUAAUUUAUUUCUUUAUUUUUAUAUUUUUUAGUUUUUCUACAACAGAAAAAGUUCUUAGCAAUGGCGUAUGUCCAAAAACUUACUUCAAGUCAUGAACUCCCAUUACACAAAUCUUUCAAAGAUAAUAUAAUUUAAUUUAAUAAAACAGCACUAUUUUUAAACAGUUUUAAUUGGGAGUAAAGAACAUUGGAAUUUUUUGGUUUCUUUCUUUCUUUUCGGCAAGCUAACUUUAACAGGUAAUGAAAUAAUCCAAUUAUGAUUAAAGCAGUAAAUCUAAUAAUAUUUCACAUCAAGUAGCAAGAGUUUUUUUUUUUUGUUUUAUCAUGUGGUCAUAAGUAAUAACUGUCCAUUCGAAACAAAAUAAACAAAAACAGGUAAAACAUUUCACAUAAUGGCCAAAUAAUAAAAAUAAAACUACAAACUUUCAUAGUUUUACAAAACAUUUAUUAAACCUAUUAGAUGGUAUUUAAUAUUCAUUACCGACUUUGACAUGUUAAAUAAUUUCAUUAUAUUCUGAAUCCGAUACGUGACUGGUGAAUUGCGGUGCAAAUAAUAGUCUAUAACUUACAUUGCAUGUAAAACUUAUAAUAGGAUAGAAACAUCAUGCUCAUUUUGUGAAUCUCAGUAGCCUUGUUUUUGUGUCGGGAGUUUUCUUUUGGCUGUACAUUUUAAAUUGUAAAUUGCACCUACACCUAGUGCCAAAAAUAAAAUCUUUCCUGUAAAUUCACUGCCAACCUCUGCAUAUUAUCGAAUGCCGAGCCGUCAUAGUUACGAUGCCAUAGCAGUGAUGGGAGAGUUAUGGCGAUUGGAUCCGUGCUCGUAUUUUCACACGGCCGUCAUAACCAUGCUUGGCCUGCUGCAGAUGUCCUUCCACAGCAAAUUUCUAAAGCAGGUUAAAUUUGUUUCACCUAAUGGAAUUAUUUUAGAGAGGUUAUUACUACUUAGUUUUAUUUUCUGUUCAACACAUACUUAUUUUUUUUAUAAUCAAAUAGAAUGUUAAUAGUCAACAUGUGAUAUUUACUUUGAGUACAUAUUUAAACAUUAAUAAAAUUUUUGUUUUAUUUAGUAAUAUCUUAUUCACAAUGCAUUUUUCAUGGCAAACAUUUUCGACAUGCAUCUUCUUUUACCAAAUAAGCAGUUCAGUGUUCAACUUAGGGUAACAUAUUCUUUACUUUGUAGCGUAUCAUUUUUUUUGUUGAAUUGAUCAAUGUUAAUGGAAAGAAUAUAUAUGGUGUCAUAACUCUGGAUUUGGAUUGAAGAAACUUUGUGUGAUUUAUAGAGCUCUCAUUCUGGGGUUUAAUGUGUAAAGCUUCAGUCGCUUGUAAACGGGGCUUCUAUGUGCAAAAUAAACCUGGCAGAUACUUGUGAAAAUAUAUUUUCUAAAUGACUGAAUUUUGUAAUUAGCUACCUAAUACUUGCAUUAUUGUGCUCAAUUAAAAGCUGUGAUGUGUCUUCUUUAUUGAAGAAUUCUUUAUGUCUAUGCAUUUGGUGCUUUGUUGAAAAUAUAAAAAUAUGAUUUACUUCAGUUUUUUUGUUAUUCUACUUAAAUAAAGUUAUUAGUGUGAUAUUACAGGGAAAGAAACAAUGUUAAUUUUAUGUAUUUUAAGGUCAUUUCUAUAUUCUGAUGCAUUUAUAAAUUAAUGUUGGACAACUUGGUACAAUUAUAAAUUUUUCCAGAAGAAGAAAUGUAUGCUGAUAUUUAUAUUUUUUUUUUGGACUUCUUACAUAGUGAGUAAUUUGUGUGUGCAAGAUACAUAAUUUCCAGGGAAAUGUGCAUGACUUUUGUACUAAAUUACUAAAUACCACAAUACAUGAAAGUAUAUGAUAUAUAGUUUAUACGUUUAUAGUAAAAGAAAAGAGCCAAAUUAUUUGUUUAAUUUUAUAAAGCCAGUUUUAUAUCUCAGUAAUGCCAUAAGCUAGGGUGUAUCAGCUGUUAAGAAACCUAAUAUUGAACUAAUGCUCUAAUAUUAACAUACUAAUAUGACACCUUUUACAGUGUAUAUCAUUCAAAAUUUGUUAUGUUGCAUAUGUUUAUACUGAAUCCUUUUUCUGUGGAUAAAUAAAAAAUUUGCUUUAUUGUGCAUACCAUUGUUUUUAUUUUACCAUGAGCUACUACCCUAACUAUGUCUAUUAACAUGACAGGUUAGCAGAAGGGUUUACAAGCAAGAUCAUUGAACCAAGUGUUUGAGUAAACUGGUGAAGGCAUCUGGUGUCACCUGUAGAAGGAAACCUUCCAGUAUUUUCCCCUGGAGUGGUUUUGAGAGAUCAUGUCAAACCUGUGUCAGGAUAGCCGGACUGGGAUUCGAACCCAGGCCCUCUGGUAUGCAGGUCGAGUGCCUUACCACUGCACCAUGUCGCUUCAUAGUUGCAUAAUUAACACAAACUAACUGGCAUUGUGCAAUUUUGUCUCAAAACUAGUGUGGUAAACUAUCACAUGAAAUAAAAGUGGUGAUGCCGCAUCAAAUCAACAGUCAUUCCACCUUACCCUAUUACAUUUAAAAAAAUUUUUGGCAUACACCUUGAAUACAUGAAGUAAAUAAAGAUUUUUUUUUUUGAAAUGAAACUAUUUUGGGGGCGAUGAGAGUUAAAUUUCAAGGACAAAUUUUAAUGCAACGUUUUCGUGAAACAAUUAUGCAAAAAAGAAAGAGAACAGGUACUUGGCCAAAGAGAUAUAGAGAGAGCACUAUGCUAUAUACGUUUCUGGGGUUAUUUUCGUUCUCUUUGUGCGGUGAUUCGUCUCAUGCCCAAAAAAAUAUAAUAGAACCACGAGAGAUAGGUCAAUAAACAGAGUACGUAUGCAUGAGCUUGUUUCAGAAAAUAGCUAUAGGAACCUAUACAUUCAGCUGUGAAUGCUUUGAAUUUUAUAUUUGCUACCAGCACUCACACAUUCCUCCUUGUUCAACUAACAGCACACAGAGCGCUGUUGACAGACCCUGCAUUUCCCACACAGGUUGCACUGCCUGUUAUGAAUUUCAUUUUUUGUUCAGAGAUUUAACACGUUACAAAUGGCAGAAUUGUUUGAACAAACAGUAACAUUCGCAGGUUUUCUUCAUGGCGUAUUUCACCAGUGAGUAAUAUUCACUGGUAGUUAAUCAUUACUAAAAAACCUUGUGCUGUGUUAUUUUUUGAACAUAUCUCUCUCUCUCUAUGCCAUUUUACCCUGUACGAUUUACUUACGAGUAGAGGUUUGAAUUGCCAAAGAACGUUCACUUUGAUCAUGUGUACCGAGUUAAAGAUAAAGAUAUUUUAAGUUUAAUUGACAAAAUUUGCAAAAAAAAAA